AUGGUGGCUCUCAUUGAGUCUGAGGGCGAAGGAGGAGAGCCCAGCCGCCCCGCGAGGGACCCUGGCGGCGGUGGCGACGAUGCCGAGCUCCACCAGGCCUCCCCAGCAUCCCAGGAGUUGCUGCUGCUGCCCCUCGUGGACUCAGCCCUCGCCGUGGCUGUGAAGGAAGAUGUGGAAACAGGAGUUCACCUUGAUCCAGCUACCAAGGAAGUUCAGUAUAACCCAUCUUAUGAUACCAUGUUUGCUCCUGAGUUUGGGCCAGUGAAUCCAUUUAGGACUCAGCAGAUGGCUGCACCGAGGAAUAUGCUUUCUGGAUACACAGAACCAGCACACAUUAAUGAUUUCAUGUUUGAACAACAGAGAAGGACAUUUGCAACUUAUGGGUAUGCUUUGGAUCCCUCAAUAGAUAAUUAUGAAGUUUCCACUAAAUAUACUGGAUCUGUUGAGGAAGCGGAAAAAAAUCAAGGUUUAGCUGUGUUUGAAACAGGGCAAAAGAAAAUGGAGAAAAGGAAGAAAUUCAAAGAAAAUGACGCAUCUAAUAUUGAUGGCUUCUUGGGACCAUGGGCAAAAUAUGUUGAUGAAAAGGAUGUUGCAAAGCUUUCAGAAGAAGAACAAAGGGAGUUGGAUGAAAUAAUAGCAAAGAGGCAAAAGAAAGGCAAACAUGAAGAUGAUAAACUUGGAGAAGAAAAGACUAUUUUGCAUGUCAAAGAGAUGUGUGACUAUCAAGGGAGGUCCUAUCUUCAUGUUCCUCAGGAUGUUGGAGUUAACCUAUGUUCAACUGUACCCCCUGAAAAAUGUUAUCUUCCUAAAAAGCAAAUCCAUGUAUGGCCUGGUCAUACAAAGAGAGUCAGUGCUGUCAGGCUGUUUCCUCUUUCUGGCCACCUGCUGUUGUCCUGCUCCAUGGACUGUAAAAUUAAGCUCUGGGAAGUGUAUGGUGAACGAAGAUGCUUACGAACUUUCAUUGGGCACAGUAAGGCUGUUAGAGAUAUCUGCUUUAAUAAUGCUGGGAGCCAGUUUCUUAGUGCGGCAUAUGACCAGUAUCCAUUGUAUUAA